ACCUUAAUGUCAUUUCACCUCUGAAGAUGUCUGGACUCUGGAGUCUCAUCUUAACUCUGUACUUAAUAUCUUCAGCACAAUUUAUGGAUUUUUCCGGAAUCUCGUUACUCACCGUGAAGUUUGGAGAAAACGUUUCUCUUAACUGUCCUUUUCUGAAGGCUAACAGUAUAGAUCGUGUGGUUUGGUUUAAACAAAUGUUCGGAGCCAUGCCUCAGAAAGUGGGAGAAAGAUCAGCGUAUAAACAAUUCAAAAUUUCCCCAGAGUUUGAGAAGUCAGGAUUUGUAAUAAAGACGACCGAUGACGUCGUUUCUCUGACGAUUCCACGUAUGAAAACAGAAUACGGAGGACUUUACUUCUGUGGAAUAUUAAGCUGGGAGAAUUUUACACUGUCUAAUGGAACUUUCUUGGCUGUAACAGAUAACAGAGAUGUAAAAGUGAGUGUGAGGCAGAGCGGCAUGUUGGACUCGGUUCCUGCAGGAGCCUCAGUGACUCUGCAGUGCUCGGUUCUCUCUGAGAGCAGAGCAGCAGAACUCCAAGUGCUCUGGUUCAGAGCUGCUCCACCACAAUCCCAUCCUCAAAUCAUUUACACUCAUCACAACAGCAGCCAUCAGUGUGAGAGCGACUCUUCUACACACACCUGUGUGUACAACUUCUCCAAGAACAUCCUCAGCCUCAGUGAUACUGGAACUUACUACUGCGCUGUGCUCCUGUGUGGGAAGAUCAUCUUGGGGAACGGGACAUCGGUACAGAUGGAGAACUUUGCAGCGUCUUAUAAUCCUGUAGUGAUGUGUCUGGGAACAGCGCUGGUAAUGUGCGGGAUUCUGAUUUCUGUUCAAACUGUUUUACUCUGUAAAAGAAAAAACGGUCCACAACACAGAGAGAGAAUUCAGCAUGAUGCCGUGAUAAACACUGAGGAGACGAACCCUCAGGACUCUGACACUGUGGAGCUGAAUUACGCUGCCUUACACUUCAAAGAAAAGAAAAGUAAAAGAGCGAGAGAGAAUCGAGGUCGAUUUCAAAACAGCGUGUACUCUGAACUGCAAUCUUCCAUCACUACUUAAAAUAUUUUCUAUAUAUAUAAUUAUUAAGAGUUUAUUUUUUCUUGUUUAACAAAAUACUGGUGAUCUCAAACAGAUGCUCUACACUUUUGAUUUAACCUUCAUGUUGUCCCUGGGUCAUUUUGACCCCACUGGAAGAAUUUAAUGUGUAAUAACUUUGGUAAUUAAUUUUGUCUAUUUUCGUUGAACUAUGUGUUCAGAACAGUAUAUACUACGCGUUCGUUAUCCUCUUGGGUCAUUUUGACUCGGCCACAUUUAGUGGGGCAAUAGGUCACACUUUUGCCCUUUUCAGCGCAAUGAACAUACAUACAGACACAAAAAUGCACACGUAAAAUGUCCACUAACACACCCCCCACACACACAUGCAAACACACACACACAAACAAACACACAAAUUGGGCAUUGCAUUUCAUUAGGCCUCCAGAAAAGAAAAAAAAGCCAAACAUUUGUAAAUAUUUCACACUUUUGAUAUGCCUUCGCCUAGCAGAGGGCAAAAUAUGAUCUACCGAAAUGAUGCUACACACACACACACACUCACACACACACAGCCAAACACUGUUCAAAGCAUUGGGCAUUACAAUUCAGUUGGCCUCCAGACAAAAAAAUGCUACACAUUUGUAAACAUUUCACACACACACACACACACACACACACACACACACACACGCACGCACACACACACACUCAUACACACACAUGCACACACAUGCACACACACACAAACACACACACGUAUUGGGCAUUGCAUUUCAUUAGGCCUCCAGAAAAAAGCUACAUAUUUGUAAGUAUUUCUCACUUUUGAUAAACCUUUGCCUAGCAGACGGCAAAAUAUGAUCUACCAAAAUGAUGCUACACACACACACACACACACACAAGCAUUGGGCAUUGCAAUUCAUUGGGCCUCCAAAAAAACAAAAACAAUCAUUUGUAAAUAUUUCACACUUGUUAUAUGCAUUUGUCCAGCCGGGGACAAUAUCUUCUCUUCUCUUCUUCUACCAACAAUCUUUACACACACACACACACACACACACACACACACACACACACACACACACACACACACACAUGUUGUGUUUUCAU